GUUUUUGCAUAAUUAUGGUUUCUUAGCUAGGCAUUGUACAAUUGUGAUUUUGGCCAAGUCUCAUUCCUAACAAAUUUCACGUAUGUAUUAAGUCUUAAAUGAUAUUGCUUGUUUAGAAUGGUCUUCAUAAAUGUGUACCUGAUUGACCCCCCCCCCCCCCACACACACAGUGUACCUGAUUGACCCCCCCCCCCACACACAGUGUACCUGAUUGACCCCCCCCCCACACACACACACACACACACACACACACACACACACACAGUGUACCUGAUUGACCCCCCCCACACACACACACACGCACACACACACAGUGUACCUGAUUGACCCCCCCCUCACACACACAGUGUACCUGAUUGACCCCUCCUCCCCUACACACAGUGCACCUGAUUGAUCCACUCAAUUGACCGUACAUCACUCUGUGUGCUCGGGGCAAGUGCUGGGGGCGUAUUUCUACCUCUUCAGUCAGGGGGUUACAUCCACACUGUACUUUAUGGACAAGGCACAGUGCCUGACUCUAUGGACCCAGUGAACUGUGAGCUGAGGAAGACUCUCUGCAACCCUUUCAUGAGUGGAGACUAUUGUUCCUUCUCGCUAUUCUGGCUCUCUAAAGUACGGCCACCUCGAUCGAUAUAUUGGCCAUUUGAUUUGGCACGGAUUGCUAUAGCUAGAUGUUUAUGGCACAAAACUCGCCCUGAAAUGCGGCCACUCCUGCCCAAAACUAGGUUUUCAUAUGUUUAUUACGGCCGGAUAAGACGGUUUUGCAAACUGGAUUGAUGAACUCUGCACUGUAAUCACUGCUUGUGACACUAUACCCUCCGUGGGUGUGAUACUGGCAUGGGGGUGGACUGCCCUCGACCCAUCUGUAUGUGUGUGUGUGUGUAUGGUGUAGACAUGCAGUCUUUCAUUUAUACACUGUGCUCACACAUCACAAGCUAGUAUAAAGAUGUCUGGACCCAGUGAACUGUGAGCUGAGGAAGACUCUCUGCAACCCUUUCAAGAGUGGAGAUUAUUGGCUAGCAGCUGCCGUAUAGCUGUACCUUACUUCAUCGAUCAGGUGUAUGGUGUUUGGUCAUAAGAGUUCUUCCCAGUAUCUCGUGACUGCCUCAGAGACUCACCUCCAAGUCUGGGACCUCCUCUCUUGCUCAGUGCUGUGGUGUGUGAAGACCAGAGUGUGCUCCAUGGUAUCUGAUCCUCUGAGUCUCACAGCUGUGUUUGUGCCCUCAGGGAAUGACCCACACAUUGUCAUUGUGGGUGCAUGGCUGCUGUGCGGGUGUAUGGUGUUUGGUCAUAAGAGCUCUUCCCAGUAUCUCGUGACAGCUUCAGAGACGCACCUCCAAGUCUGGGACCUCGUCUCUUGCUUAGUGUACCUGAUUGAUCCACUCAACUGGCUGUACAUUAAUCUGUAUGCUCGGGGCAAGUGCUGGGGGGCGUGUUCCUACCCCCUCAGUCAGUUUAUACAACAGAGGUUCUACAGUACACCACAAGUUGAACAGCACGUCCAAACCAUCACUCUCUCUACUCAGUGCCCCUCCCCACGUCCUCUCCCCAAUGUCCUCCCCCCAAUGCCCUCCCUCUGUCUCCCGUUCCUCCAGUCACUGUUACCACAUCGGCAGGGGUCUAAAGGUCACGAGGAGGAAGACAUGGCCGAGAGUGAGUUCGGAGGUCUGCGUUCAGAGGACGAAGGUCAGCCAGGAGUGGGUGUGGCCUCUAGUAAAGCUAGCAAUGUGAUGGAAGUGGACAUUGAGUGUAGAGACUUGGAGGUCAAGAACUAUGACUGGCUAGUAGAGCAUUUCAGAAUGAUGUGAUAUUUGUGUGAACGAAGCAUUCUUAACAAUAAUAGUCUACAUGAUGUGAAUUAUUGUAACGCUAUUCUGAACAUUAAACUUUAGCAGUGUAGCUAUUAUGGUACAUCGUUUAAUGAUCAUCAGGAGUGCCUAUAUAUACAUGAUAAUAAUUAAUGCUAAA